AUGGAAAGAUCUCAAGAACUCUAUGGAAAUGGUGACCAGAACUUAGAAGCGCACCUAAUAGAUCAGGAGGUGAGAGAAUCAUCGGUAACUCAAGCCAAGAACUAUAAAAAGUGGCUCAGUGUCUCCAUCUAUGCAUUCUUGGUCCUUACCUGCCAAGCACUUUCUACAAUCAUGAGCAGAUUGUACUAUGAAAAUGGUGGAAAGAGUACAUGGAUGGUAACGCUUGUCCAACGCGUAGGCUUCCCUGUUCUGUUGCUAUUUCGCCUCUUUACACGAGAUGGACAACAACCAGAAAAAACAGAUCCAUGUUUCAGACACUUGUCUUACUCCACCACUCUUAGAUUAGUUUACUUUUUAAAAGGUAUCUUAGGAUCCGCUGUCUGUUACAUGUCCUCAGUUGGGUUGCUCUACUUACCUGUUUCUACUUUCUCCCUAAUCUUUGCUUCGCAGUUAGGCUUCACUGCCUUCUUCUCAUAUUUCCUUAACUCCCAAAAGUUCACACCUUUCAUCAUCAAUUCUCUGUUUCUCCUCACUGUUUCCUCUGCCCUCGUCGUGCUCAACGAUGAGUCGCAGAACACAAGAAACGUCUCUAGAGAAGAAUAUGUGCUAGGCCUCAUAUGUACCAUCACUGCUUCUGCUGGACUUGGACUGAUAUUAUCUCUGGUACAAGUAAUCCUCAGGAAAGUUUUGAAGAAGCCUACCUUCUCAGCAGUCAUAGACAUGGUUAUCGUCCAGUCUCUAGUUUCAAGUUGUGUGGUUCUUAUAGGACUUUUUGCGAGUGGAGAGUGGAAAUAUUUGUCAAGUGAGAUGGAAAGCUACAGACCUGGGAAGGUAUCAUACGUUAUGACUUUGGCCUCUGCGGCUAUUUCCAUGCAACUCUGCAAUAUUGGUGCUGUGGGAUUGAUCUUUGAGUCAUCUUCUGUGUUCUCCAAUAUCAUAUCUUCUGUGGGAUUGCCAAUGGUACCAGUUGUAGCAGUGAUAGUUUUCAAUGAGAAAAUGAAUGCAUCUAAGAUCUUCUCCAUCAUUUUAGCUAUCUGGGGCUUCCUUUCAUAUUUCUAUCAGAGUUACCUCGACGAAAAGAAGUUGAAGUCUUCCCACAAAAACCUUGUCCAGCAAGAAGAUUCACAAGCUUGA